AUGGCAUUUUAUGAGUAUAAUGUUCUGGUUCUCGUUGUAGUAGUUGCAGGCACAGCAUACCUCCAACAUAGACGCGGUAGCAAAGCAGCGGUGUCGAGAAGUCGAGGUCAAGAUGGCGAGGCGACCAGAGCGGCGAUUACUGCUGGGGAUGCUGUGAUAUGGCAGUUCAAGAAGAAAUUCUUGCCUGUGUACUUGCUGGCUUUUGGUUCGGAUUGGUUGCAAGGACCAUAUAUCUAUACCAUGUAUAAAGAUGAGAAAGGGCUGCCCGAAGAGACUGUAGCCUACUUGUUCGCCACAGGUUUCCUCGCCGCCGCAAUCUCCGCAUCGUUCGUCGGAUCACUGGCCGAUCGAUACGGACGGCGAUCAGCCUCUCUGUUCUUCUGCGUAGCCUACGCCUUAUCAUGCUUCACGGUUCUCUUCGACUCGAUAUUCACCCUCUUUGCUGGUCGAAUUCUUGGCGGUUUGUCCACGACAUUGUUGUGGAGCGUGAUUGAAAGCUGGAUGGUAACGGAGUUCCAUCGCCAGCACCUUGAAGAAGCUGGGUCCCUGAGCGACAUCUUUGGAAUCAUGACUACCUUGAAUGGGGCUGUCGCAAUCCUGGCCGGGUUGUUUGCUCAGACCAUAGCAGAUGUCACCAAGACCCAAGCAGCGCCAUUCAUGGCUGCUGUUGUGCUUCUGAUUCUGGCUUUUGGAUUCAUCUCAAGCAGAUGGAGUGAGAACUAUGGAGAUAGCCAUAAAUCCAACGUUGACGGACUCUUGCCAGGGAGUGAGGAGAAAGAAAAGAACGGUUUGCAAUAUAUCUUGCAAGGUAGAAAAUCAAGUGAGUUCUUCGAAGAUAUCACUGACUGUUUUGGUCCAGAUAAACACCUCUGGGCUCUCUGCAUAACCUCAUCCUGUUUCGAAGGCGUUAUGUACCUGUGGAUCUUCUUCAAAUUCGCAGCCUUGAAACUGUCCCACGAGGCAGCAGGCAAAGGAAGCGAACUGCCAUUUGGGACGAUAUUUGCAGCAUUGAUGUGUGCCAUGAUGCUCGGCUCCCUCUCCUUCACCUACUACUCAUCCCUGGCUACUUCUCGAUGGGUGGUAUCACCCUCAAGAUUGCUCACAAUAACGCUCUUCGUUGCUAGUGCGUGUUUCAUCUUGCCUGUUCUCGUCCACGACGAAGCUGUUACCUUUUGGUGCUUCUGUGUUUUUGAGAUCUGCUGUGGCAUAUACUUUCCAAGCAUUGCUCGAUUGAAAGAGCAGAUUGUGGAGGAUGGUGUGAGGGCAAAGAUAUAUGGCAUACUGAGGAUCCCACUGAAUAUCUUUGUGGUGUUGGGUCUGAUGUUGACAAAAGCUGGCAAGUUACGCCCCGACCCUCCAUCACUGGAGCCAAGGCUACGCCACCGAGAAAACGUGUUUAUCAUCUGCAGCGGAGCACUAGCAGCCGCAGCCGCAGCCCUGGGAGCAUUCGUAGCAGAAUAA